AUGCUGCGCACAGACCAGCUGCGCACGGACCAACGUGCACAGCCUGCCCUAAUCUCCCCAUUCGCGACAUAUGGGGACCUGGAGCUACGCGACAAGUACCUGAGCGGCAUUCCCUCCCGCGUGUACCGGAAGAUCGAGCUCGAGACCUUCACCACGUGGCAAGACGCUGACAAGCGCGCCACUGAGGUCGAGCAGAUCCUCGACAUCAGCCGGGCCCGUCGGCCCGAGCUAAAUAACUUCUUCUCGGCCCGAGGUCGGGGACGCGGUGGGGCACGUGGUGGUGCACCCUCGACGCACGCAGCUUCGGCCAGCAUCAAUGCGGCCGUCGGAAAAGGCAACUUCCCCGGCACAUGCUUCGGCUGUGGGAAGCAAGGGUACCGACGCUUCGAGUGCCCCAAUUGUAAGGACAAGCCUUACACAAAACGCGCCGACACGCGGGCUACGGUUGCCUCGGGCUCCACCCAGGCUGCGACAAGCGCCCCCGUCACAACAACACCCUCGGCAAGUAUAAGUGCCGCUUCAGCGAAAUCCGAGCAAUCGGAGCUGGCGGACUUAAUGGCACAGGUGAAGUCGAUGCGCGAGGAGCUCGAGCACUAUCGGGCGAUGAAGGAGGAGGCUUUUUGA